AUGUCGCAAUCUCCAGUCAUCUUCAUUCUGGGCGCGGGCCCCAAUAUUGGACAAAGCGUAGCAAAUGAGUUUGCAUCCAAGGGUUACAGAGUUGCGCUUGCGGCACGAAAGCUAAAGGAAGAAGACAGCACCGCCCAGGAGCUUCAUCUCCCCAUCGACUUGUCCAAACCAAGCGCUAUUGCCGCCGCAUUUGCCAAGGUCAAGGAGCAGCUCGGGGCUCCAAGUGUUGUCGUUUAUAAUGCAUCCGCUGCUGGUCGAGAUGAUCCCCAAAAUCCCUUGUCUCUGUCUCUCGAGGACUUUUCGCGGGACUUGAGCAUCAAUACCAUUAGCGUAUACGCUGCCGCACAGGAAGCUGUGGCGUGUUUCGAAACCCUUCCUUCUUCAGCUUCCAAGACUUUCAUUUACACCGGAAACAUUUUGAACACGCGAACUAUUAAGCCAAUGAUGAGCCUCGGCACUGGCAAGUCGGCAACAGCCCAUUUUCUCGAGUAUGCUGCAAGCUCCUACGCAGAGCGGCGGAUGAAAUUUUAUUACGCCGAUGAACGGAGAGCCGACGGGUCGCCUGCAUAUUUCGAUAUUGACGGCGACUCCCACGCAAAAUUUUAUUUCCAGCUCAGUCAGUCAAAGUCGCAGGGGCAAUGGCACCAGACAUUUGUGAAAGAACAGGGGUACCAUCGGUUCUGA